AUGGGCUUCGUAGCCAUGGAAACGGCUAACAGCAGAAGGACGCGGGUGCGCAUGCGCAGGUUGCCCCAAGCGGUCCCGGGACGCAGAGCCGGGAGAUCGGUCUCCGGGAGCCGCUGCGGGCCUUCAUGCGGCCUGUCCUAUUUCUUGCCAGCAUCGUUGUUUGCCUGCCACGUUUCCAUCAGGAAACCUGUGGAGAGAAAGAGUCAGCCAGCCAGCUUGUCAAUUUCCUUUAAGAAAUUUGGCCUAAAUCGGAAUUUCCCAAACUUAAGGCUGGGCCAUCAGGAACUUGUGCGUCUGUCUCAGGGAGACCUGGCCUUCAGAGAUGACAGCAUUCGGCCCCAGGAGGAGCCUGCAAUCUGUCCUCCGUCUUCCCAGCUUGUGCCCCCCAUAGGGAUACAGGACAGUAAGGAGCUAAACAGAACCUGCUGCCUGAAUGGGGGAACCUGCAUGUUGGGGUCCUUUUGUGCCUGCCCCCACUCCUUCUAUGGAUGGAACUGUGAGCACGACAUAUGCAAAGAGAACUGUGGGUCUGUGCCCCAUGACACCCGGCUGUCCAAGAAGUGUUCCAUGUGUAAAUGCUGGCACAGCCAGCUCCGCUGCUUUCUUCAGGCAUUUCUACCUGGCUGUGCUGGCCUUGUGAUGGAUGAGCAUCUCAUGGCUUCCAGGGCUCCAAAACUACCACCGUCUGCAUGUACCACUUUUAUGCUAGCUGGCAUCUGCCUUUCUUUUUUCUUU